AUGACAAACGUUCAAGCUGAGGGUGUUAUUACUAGAAUAAUUAAACAAAUAAUACAACAAUGUAUUUCAAGAGGACAUGACGUCUCUGAGACCCUUGUGGCGUUUAUUGUCAAAGCAGUUGUUCUUGAUCCUGCUUCUGGAUUUCUACCCGAUAAACCACUGGAUAAUGAGGAUAUAAAGAAACUGAUUGAAUUAUGUGUGAACAGGGUAACUGAUCAAGAAUCACCAUCUGUUGAUACAAUAAAAAUGCAAGUAUUCUUCGAAAUAAAUCAUCUCAAAAAAGAUGAAUUCCUAAACGAGCAUCAUCGCGUACUGGAAAAGCGUUUAGAACCUGUAUUACGUGAAGUUAUAGAGAGUCGAGCAAAAUUACGGGAGGAACUAGAGGCUACUUAUCAAAAUAUUAUAUCAGCUUUAUUAUUAAGGUCGGGUCUUGGAUCUCCAACAAAUAUGGAUGUUAUCAGAGAAACUACAGCUGCACUUCAAAGUAUAUUUCCACAAACAGAUAUUGCAAGCUUUUUGUCAGCCAAUGCUAAUCAAAAAAGAAAACAACUAUAUGAAUUUACUGGUCUGGUCACUGGUAUACGUCUGUAUAACAAAGAUUGUAAUAAAGGAGGAGCUGGAAUUGAUGAUCUUCCGCAUUUAUUGAGUGAAGGAGUGCCCAUAACACUAGAAACAGUCAAUGAAGAAAUUAAAAAAUCAGAUGAACUUGCUGCUAUUUACACAAGUCUUUUCUUGAAACUAUCUACUAUUGACCCAACUACUGAUGUUAAAGCUUUAAUAAAGUCUGCUAAGGAGAUGAAUAUUACACCGGAACACUUGCGAGCUUCCGUAGUCAAUGCUAGACAGUAUGGAAAAUUUCUAAGAAUUAUUGAAUGCGAGCUUAAUCAAAUGUUGAAAGACAUAGAGAAAAUAAUUGAUAACUUUAAAAGUUGUAUGAAAAAAUUGCAUAUUCUAAUAAGUGAUCGGCCAGCCGUUCCAAGUAACGAAGUUUAUCCUGGAUUCCUACAGCUUGCUAAUUAUUGGACAAGUUUUCAAGAUGAAAUGGUUUUCUUAUCAGUAUUAACCAGUACUUUAAAUACCUUACAAACAUAUUUUGUUGGACGUCAGUUGAAAUGGACCAAAGAACAAAUGUAUAAUUUUAUCUCAAAUAAGGAAGUUAUAUUCGACGAAGAUCGUAAGCAUCAUGACCCAUUAAGUGAAGAAUACUGUGGUGGACAUCAGUGUGUAUUCCCACAUUCUUCUUCAGAAGAGAUUAAUCUUAAUAUUGAGUGCGAAGGAUUUUGCAUCUGGUCAUUAGUACGUUAUCAAGGUCUACUAGUACCAGCUGAUAUUCAUAUGGGAGUUUUGCUCUUACCUCCAGAUAAUAAAAUGUAUGCAUUUAGCACACCUGAAGCAGCAAAAGAAUUUAUUUUGAAGGCUAUACCAGAAGUUAUACGACGUUUACCUGAACUAAUCCCAAUUUUAAAGCUCAAUUACCUUUUCUCCAAAGGGAUUUCUUAUACAAAUGGUCAAUUUCAUGAAAAUACAAGUCCUAAGGUCGACUGUGGUGUCCAAACAGUAGUGCACCCAAUAGAAACGUAUAUUGAUAAAAACUAUUAUUGGAAUGAGUGGGAACUGAGGAAAAAUGCUUUAAAGUUGGUAAAUUUAAGAAAAAAGGCCACAGCUUCUGUUCAAACAAUUUUAAGCAAUUGGAGAAGAGACAAUGCAACUCAAGUUUAUCCGAUGAAAGAAACUAGUACAGCAACCAAAAAGGAUGGUUACACACAAGUACCGAGACCAAGUGUAUUUAUACAUGGACUACGUGGUUGUGGUGCUAUUGGUUCAGCCCCGAAUGCAACUAACGUAGUGAAUAACCAAGCAAAUUGGACAACAUUAUAUCGUGAAACAGCCGCCACAACAGUUGAUUUAACUAUAUCUGUGGAACAACAGUUAUUGGGGAACUUACAGAAAGUAACAGUUGGUCACAACGUAUGA